AUGGGCAGAGUGGAUCCUAUUCUGGAGGUGAUCACCUACGUGGGACUGAGCCUCUCUCUGCUGUGCCUCUUCCUGGCAGCCCUCACCUUCCUCCUCUGCCGACCCAUUCAGAACAUCAGCACCACCCUCCACCUGCAGUUCUCAAUCUGCCUCUUCCUGGCCAACCUCCUCUUUCUCACCGGGAUGGAUCAAACCGAGCCUAAGGUGCUGUGUUCCAUCAUCGCAGGGGUGUUGCACUAUCUCUACUUGGCCUCCUUCACCUGGAUGCUCCUGGAAGGGCUGUACCUCUUUCUCACUGUUAGGAACCUCACGGUGGCCAACUACACCACCAUACGCAGAUUCAACAAGAGGUUCAUGUACCCUUUCGGCUAUGGGAUUCCAGCUGUGAUUGUGGCUGUGUCUGCAAUAGUAGGACACAAAAACUAUGGAACCUAUACUCACUGCUGGCUCAAAGUUCAUAAAGGGUUCAUCUGGAGCUUCAUGGGGCCAGUGGCGGUCAUUAUCUUGAUAAACUUGGUGUUUUGCUUCCUAAUUCUGUGGAUUUUGAGAAACAAACUUUCCUCCCUCAAUAAAGAAGUUUCCACCAUUCAGGAUACCAGAGUCAUGACAUUUAAAGCCAUUGCUCAGCUAUUUAUCCUGGGCUGUUCUUGGGGCCUUGGUUUUUUUAUGGUUGAAGAAGUCGGGAAUACAAUCGGAUCAGUCAUUGCCUAUGCAUUCACCAUCAUCAAUGUCCUGCAGGGCUUUUUUCUCUUUUUGGUACACUGUCUCCUUAAUCGCCAGGUGCGAAAGGAAUACAGGAAAUGGUUUAGUGGGAUGCUGAAAGGGGUUGAAACUGAAAGCACUGAAGUAUCUCCUUCUACUACCCACACCAAAAUGGAGGAACUGGGGCAGCCAUCAGAAUUCUGUCACAGGAGAGACACCGCGUCUGUCCAACCGCCGCCUCAGGCUCAUCUUGUCACUGCUUCUUGGCAAGGCACAGAAAGCUGAGCUGCUUCUGGACGGCGCCCCCGUGCGGUCACAUAUGGAUCGGACAAAUGCCGCCAUCCAUCUUUCCUAUGAAAAUGCGUGCUGACACACUCCUCUAUUUUGGCUUCUAUCUCCAUAGAGAGAAAAGGGCACGUGCAAGAAUUCUUAGAGCCAGAAUCCAGUAUUAGAUACCACGUGCAAUUAAAUGCUCCAAGAAUCCUUUCUAAUGAUCAGGGAACGAAGUGGGUUUUCUUCUUCUAACUAUUACCACCUUGCCCAAAACUAAUUGAUGACAUCUUGAUUCAGCUCAAAGAUCCCUCUUUGGCCUCGCUGUUGCAUUUUAUGCUCCCAAGGGUCUUGCAUCACUGGACAUUUGCAUAAUUUAAUAAUUCCCAUAAGAAUAAGUAUAAAAAAGGGGGGUGCAUUCUUGCAAUGCAAAAGCACACCACCAUCCCCGCUUAGGGGUGUACUGUCACCAGACAUGACCUUGUGGUCAGGUCACCAGCACUUUCCUGUUUUAUUUCCCUGGUGACUCUUUUGAAACUAUCCUAAGCCAUGGUUAAGGAUAAUUUUGUUUUUUCAGUAUCACCUCGAACAUGUCCUCCUGUAAAUGCUCCCAACGUAAACCAGCGUGGUGUAUCACAGCAGUGGUUUGGCCUUAUUUGCUUUGUUUUACUGUUUCUAAUAUCUUUUCCAAACUCAUUGGAUUUGGGGUGUGUUUUUCAUCACUAGAAUUAACAAAGGCAUGGAUAACUUUGUUACUAGACAAUAUUUUUAAAACAAUGUUAAAUUAUAAUGACAGUAAAUGUUAAAAUAGCAGCCAAGCACCACUAUAAUUCAUUUAAGGAAAUUUUGUGUGGGAUUUUUAGGUUUUGGACAAAGGAUUUGUUGCUUUUCUGCUUAAACACCUCAAGCGUCUCCUCCACAUGGCAGCAAUAUAAGCAGAGUGUACGAUUCACUCCACCUGCUGGCUUCGAAGUUAUGUAAUUCCUCUUGAGAAAUUAAAAUUUAGGGAGAUUCACAUGGUUUCAAAAUGCGUGUCCACAGUAUGACUUUUUAUAUCAUGCAAUUUCAACUUUACAUGAAUAAAACUCGCAUAUAAUGCAACCUUUUUCAGGAGGACAAUCUGGCACUAACGAUCCAAAAUUAAUAUGUCCAUGAUGCUUUCAUUUAAAAAUUCCACUGCUAUGAAUUUAGCCUAAGGAUAUUGUGAUAAGUGUAAUUUAUAAAUACAAGAUGAUACAUAAAUUCAAAGUGAUGUGAUAUACUGUAUCACCCUGAAUUAUUUGCUGUGAUGUGUUGGAUGGAGGAAAAAGGAGCACUGUGUGUGUAAACAUGUUACCUGAAACCUGUAAAUACAUUUACAGGUCCACGAGGGUACCACACUCAAAGGUCGGCCAAGCUAGCCUGGCUUAUCCCUGCCAGCCACCAAGCACUAGGAAACCACAGCAUCAGUCCCCUUGAGUCUCUCUGGAGCGGACUGGACCAUUGUAUGUCUGCCCCGAGGUCACCGUGAGCCCCUUGCACUGCUUAAUCCAGGACCAAAGGUUUACCUUGAUGCAUCAGUAGGGAGCAAAUAGUGGCUCUAGGCCAAGAAAGACUGAUCGAAUCCUGGGAAUAAGGCAGCACAGGGCUUUCAUUAGCUCAUUGUUGCUUAUUUGAUCAAUUUGCUAAUUGUUUACUAACUUGUUGAAUGUGACUAAAUGUGUGUCUGGCAAGCAACAAGUGACUCACAAUUUUCUUGGUUGUCUCUUAUUGGAACUGACUCUUUGCUGUAGCCCAAGCCAAAAAUCUGAAUUAAAGAGCACUCUCACAUA